GCUGAUCAUUGAGAAACAAAAGAGCAACACUGACAUGGAUUUGAUAUAAGAUCACAACAUUCAGUCAAACUAAAUAUGUAUAGCAGGAUAAAUAGUGUCAAAUAUUUAUUUUAUUGAAUAUGCAGGGUGUCAGAUUCACUACACGUAGUUAAAAGGCACAUACCUCUUCAUUACUGGAAUGCACACAUAGAAAAAAAACAGGUAAACAGGUAGAGUGAGUAAGACAGUGAUGUCACUUACCGUACUGUAUGAGGAAAAGAAGUCUCAACACUAAGUAAACAGAUGGAUAUUCCUUCAUAUCCGGCUGCUAUUGAUACCACCCCCCCACCCCCCUCCUACAAUGAGAUCAAUGGGCCUGGUCCUUAUCCCUCCACUCCACCACCCUUAUACACAGAGGCCAUAUCGCCACCUAUCUACAAGGAGACGAGUUCUGCACCUGCAGACACAUCUCAGCAGUUUCCAAGAAGAGCUGAAGCAAACCAAUUUCCAGUCCUCAAUAUGCCUUCGAUGGUCAACUAUAGAGAGCAUGUGUCCAUACACCAGAUGGUGAGGAAUGAAGCUCCUCCGGUGAUUAUGGUUCAGCCACAGCACUUUGCCGUUGCAUUGGGUGACACACCGACAGCGACUGUUUGUCGAUACUGUCAACAAAACAUCUUGACUGUUGUUAAAUAUAAACCUGGUUGUGCUGCAUGGUGCAUGUGCGUCCUAAUAUCUCUACUUGGGCUCAUUUGUGGAUUUUGCCUCAUCCCUUUCUGUGUCAGGGGCUUCCAAGAUGCCCAUCAUUCCUGUCCUCAAUGCCACAAGCACUUAGGAAUAUAUACACGGAAAUGAACAAAUACGUCUAUUAUAUACCUGUUACGAGCCUCUACUUCACACAAUCUGUAUUAAAAUCAUUAUAUACAUAUAUG